GGUGGGAUUUUGUCUGUUGAAUGGAAAUAAAUGUCUGCAUUUGUUCCUCUAAAUGAUCCACUUCCGUUUUUAUUCUGAAAUGAAAACCUGCCAUCGUCCCUCUGCCCUGCACCGCUGUAUGCAGCUGCAGGCUUGCGGAGAGAUCCGCCUCUCUGGAUGUCUGGAUCAGCCUCUCGGAGCCGUAAAGCGUCCUGAGAGGCCCCAAAGUUCCAGCGUUUUUCAUUAAUGCCGUGAAAAAGCAAAGCAGCGCUAACAAGGAGCGAUUAAAAGCUCCGAGUGGAUCAAAAUACCUCAUCCAGUCUGGCACGCAAAGCCCGUCUCCAAUUACUGCCUCGAAAACACCGAGCAUGUGAUCAAUUCAUCCUAAAAAUAAAAAAAACAGACCUUUUUACUUAGAACUGGGACUUUUUAAAUGAAUCUCAUCACAUUUAAGGGUGAAAACAAAAUUGCAUGAGUGAGAAAUAAGCAGCACCAGAGCGAACAAACACACAAAAUAAACCUCAGUGCGCUCAUGCGGUCACUUUUACGCGCGCCUAUUCUCGUACCUAAUAAAGAAACGCGGCUGUAUGAGUGUGACAGCUGUUGGAAACCCGAGACAUUCCCCUCUGAAAGGCCCAAUCCCAGAAUUCCCACAGACCCCUGAGCGCUUCAGCAGACCACCGCAGUGACGGUGGAAAACAGAGGAAGGCUCGGACUAACAUGUCGGAUAUUUUCUUAUCAUGGUUGCAUUUCGCGCGCAAGGACACUCGCUGUUGUUGUUGCUGUCGGUUGGUUUGACCUUUAUUCCCAUGACAGGCGCUCAAUAUGAAAACUACAAGUUCAAAAACUUCCCCAAAGAGGAGCUCAUGCCUCUCUCCGCCGCGUAUGGACUCGCUCUGGACCGUUACGCGGCAGAGAACUGGACCGAAUCCAUCAGGUAUUUGGAUUUGAGUCUGCGUUUGCGCCGGCUCCUUACAGACAGCGUGAGGUUCUGCGUGCUGCGCUGUAGCGGCAGCAGACACGAUGAGACGUCCUCUGAGGGGAGCCGGGAGCUGCGCGUCCGCUGGCACCUCCUGGCGAGCGCGUCCUGUCAGAGGAAGUGCAGGGCGCACUUCCCCGCGCUGCAGCUGCCUCCCCCCGGCAGGCUCAUCCUGGAGGAGUUCAGCAGGAGAGCUCCCUACAGAUAUCUGCACUUUGCGCACGCCAGGCUGAAUGACCUGCAGAGGGCCGUCCCCUGUGCCUACACCUACCUCCAGAGGAACCCCGGGGACCAGGAGAUGCAACAACUGAUGGAGGACUACAAGAGCCAGUACGACCUGAGCGGCUACCUCACCGACCACGAGGAGCGUCCGUAUGAAGCCUCCUUCCUGAGAGGAGUGGAGCUCGUCACGUCGGGCGACUACAGCAGCAGUGUGGAGCACAUGGAGGAGGCGCUGCGACUCUACCUGCAGGAGUUCGACCUCUGUCAGGCCGACUGUGAAGGCAUCAGCCAGCUCUCACCAGACACCGACUUCUACACACUCAUAGCAGACGUCUACAUGGACACAUUACAGUGUCAGCUGAAGUGUGAGGAAAACCUGAUGCCCAACGUUGGGGGACAUUUCGUGGAGAAAUUCGUGGCCACUAUUUACCACUAUCUCCAGUACGCCUAUUAUAAAUCGAACGAGGGUCGCAGGGCCGUGCCCUGUGCGUACAGCUACUUCCUGUUCGAGCCUGAAGACCAGGUCAUGAAGCAGAACCUGCUGUACUAUGAAGCCUACAGCGAGCAGUGGGGCCUUCAGCCUGAACACUUCAGAGCCAGGACGGAAGCUCUCAGACACUACAACCAGACCGCCACGCAGAGGCAGAUGCUCACGUUUGCGAGGAAAUACUUAGAGAUGGACGACGCGGAGUUUCUCGGACAAGAGGAAGCCGCCCUUUUGGCCUCCGAGUCUCCAGAUGUUGAGUUUGAGGGGAUGGGAGACUACGAGGAGUCGAUCUACGCCGACUGGAGGCAGCCGAAGGGGAAAGGAGACGCCGGGGAGUCAGAUGUCACACGAGUUCCAUUACAGUAGAUGUGAAUAUGUUAUUGGUGUGUUUGAUUAGUCAGGAUGCAGACAAAGAAGCGCAGGUUCUCUUCUGUCCUCACAGUUUGGUUUGUUUCCAUCUACUCUUUUUUUUUCAGAAAUAAAAGAAAGUUGAUUAAAACAGUUUUUUUCCCCACACUUUU